AUGAGGGCUUUGACGAGUUCCAGAGCGCAGGAUCCGUGGAAGGAACAAGAAAGGGGUGUUUCGACUGGGCGGAGGGAGCCAGGUGAGGAAGAGCACGGGUGUUUGCAGGUAUUUAUGGGAGGAGCAGGAAAAGGCCGAGGGCUCAGAAAGGCAUUUGGGGCGUUCAGGGCAAGUGAAGCAGCAGAGAGAGCAAUCAAAGGAUGUAUUCAGCAAUCUGUGGACACUUGCUCUUAA